AUGACGGUGCCAUGUAGAGCGUGUCGGGCGAGCUGCAGCAUCCUGUCCAGACGCACAAGACCGACUGCGACACCUCGAUCAUGGCAGACCAGACAGGCCUCCACCUCUCGUGUCGUCCGGGCAGCCCAGUCCUCGCAGGCCACUGCAGCCUCGCCCUCUUCGCGUACGCUACCCACGGCACGAGGCAAUCCGGAUACGUUCAUGACGUCUCAGAUCCCCGACGGCUAUGAUAUGGUGCCUAUCCCCAAAGCUUUCCUCAAGCUUGAACACCUCCCUCCCACUCAUGGCAUACAUGUAGCGUCGAUACAGUUCAGGUGCUUCACGCCUCAGAUCGAAGACAUGAACUUUUACAUCGAUUUCUGUAUCCGAGUCGCCAAUGCGCUCAACAUACCCGCCUCUUUCCCUGCCAGCUUGCCCAUACGUACCAAGCUCGUCACCGUGCCCAAGUCGCCCUUUGCUCACAAGAAGUCUCAAGAGAACUUCUGGCAGAGACGGCAUGCGAGGGUGAUCAAAUUGUACGACGCAGACGAACGCGUUCUCCAGCUCUUUCUGGCUUACAUCCACGAGCAUGAGAUGGGCGGCGUAGCUAUGAAAGCACAGACGAUUGCUCAUCGCAAGAUGGGCUUUGCCAGGAAGACGGCGUCAGAUGAUGAGCCGUCUGAUCAGAUUGUCAAGAAGCUGGGCGAGAAGCUCAUCGAGCAACAGCUAAGACGCAAGGCUGAGAAUCAGGCCAAACUCGAUGCUGCUCGUCCUCAGCCGGUAGCGACGCCAGAAGCCACACUCGUUUCGGGCCCUGUUCCUGCCUCGACGCCAGCUGCAGCAGCGACCGACGCCUCGCCAGACGUGCCAAAGGAGACUGCCGCACCGACAGAGCAAGAAGUGCCUGUUGCUGCCACAGAGGCCCCGGCGGAAGCUUCGCAGAUCACAAAAGAUGAUCCGCCGGCGAUACAAGCUCUUCUUGCGACUGCCGGCUCGGCCACCAAGGCGUCAACUGCCGCCCCUGAUCACGCUGUCACUGCAGCAGCAGAGGACGAGCAGGGUGAAGCCACUGUCAGCGAGAUUGCGCCGACAGCCGAGGCUGAAGCGAGCGAGGUACAAGCGGCGACUGCGCCAGCUGCAGCAGCCUCUGAAAGCGUGUCCGCGAUAGCAGAGACAGCCAGCGCGUCCACCCCUGCCGAUGACGCAUCGAAAGAGUCAGUAGCAGAGAUGACGCCUGCGACCAGCGUGGAGCAAGAUCACUCCUCACACCCAACACAGUCCUCAUCGCCGUCUCCGACUGCCGACGCAGCGAGUAACGAGCUGCCUAGCGAAGCCGUUGCUGCUCCAGCGGAUCCAUCGCCGGAAGCAACCGCAAAUGUCGAAAGCGUCCCUUCAGCGACGCCUGCAGUCGAGGUAUCGUCCGCUGCUGGACCGAAGCCCAAAGCGGCUGCGGCUGCGAAGAAGGCGACUCCAAAGACGACUGCAAGGAAACCGAGGGCAAAGAAGGAGACGUCUACAACAAAAGGAGCAAAGGCAGAGGUUGCAGAUGCAGCGCAUGCUGAGGCAGUGGCGACAGAUCCGCCCAUCGAAGCAAGCAAAGAAAGCCCGGCGAAGUCAGCCUCAUCUUCUUAUGAAACAGUGCCCACAGGAGAAGAUCCGGUGACGACCGAAGCUGCAACAGCGGAAGAGCCUUUACGGGUCGAGGCAGUCGAGGAGCCUGCUAUCGAGCAGGUAGCAGAAAGUGGCGCGCCUGACAGUGAACCCUCUGGCAGAUCAUCGUAG